AUGGAAAUAGAACAACACAUCCCUUAUUUUCUCAUUCCUUACAUUAAAGAACGUGAAGACAUUGAUAAAGUUGUGGUUAUUGGUAAUGUUACACCCAAAGUAACUUUAGAUGAUUUGUACUCAAUCUUUGAGAAUUUUGGUAUUAUUCUUGACUUAAAACAAAUUAAAACAAUUACUCAUCCAAUUCUUUGUGGAUAUUACUACAUUCUUUAUGAAGAAAAAGAUAGUACAGAAACAUGUAAGUAUAUUGAAAAAGCUGAACUUGGUGAUUUACCUUUAUCUGUUUUUUUAAUGGAAAAACCUGAAGAUAUAAAAAAGGUUGAGGAGAUUUUUAAGAACGAAGAUAAUGAAACAACAAAUUUAAAGAAUAACUUUAAUUCUGAGAGUAAAGCUUCAACAAAGUUAAGAAAGACAAUUUGUGUUCGUAAUAUUGGUAAUGCCUCUGAUGAUAAAAUUCAAAAAUACUUUGAAAAAUGUGGAAAUAUUAACUUAAUGGAAUUUAAUACUGGAGAAACUACUAUUAGACAGGUUACUAUUGAAUUUGAAACUGAAGAAGCAGCACUGAGAGCAUUACAAAUGGAUGGGUCAAGUUUUAAUGACCAUCCUAUUAGAGUAGUUCUUUCAAACAAAGUAAUUAAAUCAAAGAACGAAUCCAAACCAAUUGUUACUAAGAAAGAAAGUGCAUUAGUUGAUGACAUAUUGGCUUCAUUAGAAAAGAAAACUAUGAUGAAAACAGACAACCACCACGAUAAAGUAAAAGAGUAUGAUAGUUAUUACAAUGAAAGAAAGAAAAGUCGUUCUAGAUCACGUUCAAGAGGAAGAAGUAAUCAUAAUGAUACAUAUAGAGAUAGGUAUUCUAGAAGUGAAAGAGAUUAUUAUAGAGAUAGAAAUUAUGAUGAUAAAAGAAGAUUGAGAUAUGACCGUUAUGAUAGAAGAAAUGAUAGAGACCAAAGAUAUUCAAGAGAUUAUUAUUAUUAUUUUUUAUUUAACUUUUUUUCCUAA